AUGCCUCUGUUUUGCUUCAGCCUGCUGCUUCUCCUGGAGGUUUGCUCAGGUUGCCAGCAUCCCAUCUGCUGGUGCUCAGACCGGGCUGCAUUCAUCUGCCAGGAAAGCAAGGUGACCUAUGUGCCGCGGGACAUCCCCAAGAACUCCACCGAACUGAUCUUUUUCCUCACCAAAGUAAAAGUCAUCCCAAAAGGAGCUUUCUCAGGAUUUGACAAAGUUGAAAAAAUAGAAAUCUCUCAAAAUGACGUCUUGCAAAAGAUAGAAUCGAAUGUGUUCUCUCACCUUCCCAAUCUGCUGGAAAUAAAAAUUGAGAAAGCUGUCAAUCUUGAAAUUAUUGAGCAAGAUGCCUUCCAGAACCUUCCCAGCCUCAAGUACUUGGUGAUAUCAAACACUGGAAUCAAGCAUUUGCCUACCGUUAACCAGAUACAUUCUUUGCAGAAUUUUGUGUUAGAUAUCCAAGACAACAUAUAUAUCCACAAAAUUGAAAGAAAUGCUUUCCUGGGUCUAAGUGUUUAUCGUGUUGAUAUAAGACUGAAUCAAAAUGGAAUACAAGAGAUUGAAAACUAUGCCUUCAAUGGGACUAUCUUGUUUGACCUAAAUCUAAGUGGUAAUUCCAAUCUAGAAAAAUUGCCUAAUGAAGUUUUCCAAGGAGCCAAAGGACCUGUUUUCUUGGAUAUUUCAGAGACAAGGAUCAGCUUUCUGCCCAGCAUUGGAUUGGAGCACAUUAGCAAACUGGUUGCAAAAUCUACCUACAAUUUAAAAAAACUACCUGCCAUGGAAAAGUUUCGUGCUUUGAUGGAAGCAAGCCUUACCUACCCAAGCCACUGCUGUGCAUUCACAAACUGGACCAAACAAAAUGCUGCAUUGCACCCGAUAUGCAACAAGAUUUCUUUCAAAGAAGACCUGGAUGAGUAUCCUGAAGAUAAAUUCCGAAACAAAUCUGCAGCUGAAGAUGACUUUUCCACUGAUGAUCUCCACCCUGACUUCCAAUGUAACAAAAAAGAGAUUCAAGUCACUUGCUAUCCUGAGCCUGACGCCUUCAACCCAUGUGAAGACAUCAUGGGCUACAAUAUUCUGAGAGUCCUCAUAUGGUUCAUCAACAUCCUAGCAAUCAUGGGGAACCUUGUCGUGUUCAUAAUUUUAAUUACCAGCCAGUAUAAGCUCACAGUCCCCCGGUUCCUAAUGUGCAACCUCGCAUUUGCCGAUCUGUGCACUGGCAUCUAUUUAUUGUUAAUUGCGCUCAAAGACAUACAGACCAAAAGUCAGUAUUACAACUAUGCCAUAGAUUGGCAAACUGGUGCUGGCUGCAAUGCGGCUGGCUUCUUCACCGUUUUUGCAAGCGAACUUUCUGUCUACACUCUGACCGUCAUCACUUUGGAGAGAUGGCACACCAUUACUUAUGCCAUGGAACUGGACCGCAAGGUCCGUUUUCGACACGCAAUGGUCAUCAUGUUGGUGGGAUGGAUCUUUGCCUUCACUGUGGCCAUCCUUCCCAUAUUUCAAGUCAGCAGCUACAUGAAGGUCAGCAUCUGCCUACCCAUGGAUAUAGAAACUCCACUUGCUCAGGCAUAUAUCAUGCUUCUGUUAGUUCUGAACAUUCUGGCCUUCAUCAUCAUUUGCACCUGCUACAUCAGCAUUUACUUCACUGUUAGGAAUCCCAACGUCUUCUCAUCUAACAGUGACACCAAAAUUGCCAAGCGCAUGGCCAUACUGAUCUUCACAGACUUUCUCUGCAUGGCACCCAUCUCUUUUUUUGCCAUAUCAGCUUCUCUCAAGGUCCCUCUCAUCACUGUGUCCAACUCAAAGAUCCUCCUCGUUUUGUUCUAUCCCAUCAACUCAUGUGCCAAUCCCUUCCUGUAUGCCAUCUUCACCAAGACUUUCCGUAGGGAUUUCUUCAUUUUGCUGAGCAAGUUUGGAUGUUGUGAAAUGCAUGCUCAGAUUUACAGAACGGAAACCUCCUCUUCUGUUCACACAACCCAUAUGAAAAAUGGGCAUUACACACCAGCUCAAAAAAUCAGUGAUGGAACAAUUUAUUCACUGGUUCCUUUGAAUCAUGUCACCUAAAGAAGGUCCACUGUAGCUUUCUCCCAAGAGUUAUCAAAGGACAGUCAAUGGUUCCGUAGGAAAACAGGCAAUUGCAAAAGAAGACAGAAGCAUCUCCCUAAUCUCUUCUACCUGCCAAAAUUCCACAUGUACAAAACUAACACAGAAUUAGGUGUUCUUCAGGCUGUUGACUGCUUAACUGUGUGGCCAGAGCAUCUUCAGUUAUUACUUUUGAAAAGCAUUGUGUCCUACUGUGCACACAAUAUACAACACACUCCCCAAACUAAAAUUAUUUUCAGUGCUGGGAGACCAUGAUAAAAUCUUCUGUUUUUACUUCCUUGUUCAACCCCUUUCUCAAAGACUUUCCCAUUCCUGCUACCACAGAUCAUUCCUUUAAUUGGAGGUGCAAGGGACUGAAUGUGGGAUCUUCUGCAUGCAACGCAUGUGCUCUGCCACAUGGCUAGCAUGGGAAUAAAUGUCAGAAAACAGGGGUUUGAACAAGGAAACUGGCAGACCAGGUGCUAAUUCUAUACCUGCUGGUUCCCACCUUCUGAGCCAAGGACAGACAGUGGUCCCACUAUGAAUGAUCAAAUCUGUCCUAUGUCUUAAUUAUGCAUGUGGAACUUCUGUUGUUCUCACCUCCUUUGGAGGUUUUAUGAGAGUUAAGUUUGAAAACUGAUGAGUUUGAGAAACAACACUUCUAUUCAACUGUCAGAUCAUAAAUUAACUGAACAUUCAUUUUUUAUGAAAAAAAACACAUUUUCUGAUGUACUUUUUAUUUUCAUAAAUGACAAACAUCAGUGCCACAGCAAAGAACUCCUAGCUUUGUGGGGUAUCUUUUAAAAAACUUCUUUAUUAAUAAGGUGCAAUUCAGCAAAGGGGGAUAACGUUUGAUAUAUAUUCCUGUUGAUUUCAAUGAGUUUUAGAGAGUGCAUGGCUUUAGAAUAUGAAUAAGUACUAUUAGAAGAAAAUCCUCAUAAGAACCAGUGACUCAAUAAUGUGCCUUUACAGUUUUUAGAACAUUCAUCUUGGGGGUCUUUAACAAGAAAUUCCCAUAGGCACUGUGAAGAAGCUCUACGUAUAGAAUAUUCUCUUGGAGGGAGUACAACAGAGGGCACUAUGGGUUCUCCCAAAUCUGUGAUUAUAUUUCUGGGAGAUUGAGACUACAGAAUUGUA